AUGCAAGUGCAAAUGCCCCGCGCGAACUCGCGCUCGCGCUACGGUGACGACUCAGACUCGGACAGCGCCUAUGUACGCAUCCCUGUUCCCUUGGUCGCCGGGGGCGGGCGCGGCCGCAGCCGCCGUGGAUCUCCCGGCGAGACUGUCUAUAACAACAAUUUCCUGGUGCCGCAGGGAGGCGGUGGUGAGCGGCGUCGCGCCGCCAGCAUGAGUGGCCAGCCUCAGCCGAUCAAUCUCAUCGUUAACCCGCCACCUGUAGACGAUGACCGUCGCAGCCGCAGCAGGCGGCGCGAGUCGUCGCCCGGCAGCGACAGGUCUCGAGGCUCUUUCCGAUCAUCUCGGUACGGCUAUGACCGCGACGAUAUCAGGCGCGAAAUUGAGUACGAGAAUAGACGUGACGAACUAAGAAGCCGAAGCAGGGAGCGCGAACGCCGCCGUGAAUAUGAGCGUAUCCAGGACCAGAUCGAAGAGGAGAAGCGGCGCGAGAAGCGGCGACAGGAGAAGUAUGAGGAGGAACUAGAGGAUCGCAAGAGAAGGGAGCAGAGGCAGAGGGAGAAAAUCCUCCAAGAGGCCAGGGACGCGGAAGACAAGAAGAAGCGCGAACAGGAAGCGUAUCGCAUCAAGAUCCUGGAGGAAGAGGAGGAGAAGGCCCGCAAAAAGAAGAAGGAAAAGGAGAAGCACGACAAGGAAGUCGAAGAGCAGAUGAGAAACAAGUUCAAGGCGUUGGGCUACUCCGACGCCCGCAUCGAUGAACUCAUGAAGGGUAAAAAAGAACGAAGACCCAGCGAUCGCGAAUGGGCCAUUGACUUGACAAGACCAACCUACAUAAAGGUCAAUCGCAAAUACCUACUACCGGACACUCUGGAUCAUUACCAGCUGCCUUGGGAGUGGGACAAGAACAACUCCGAAUACAUCGUCAUCAAGAAGUACAUUGACGACGACUUCCAGCAGGUGCUGUUCGAGCACACCAAGACCAUCAUCAAGAAACGCAAGGUCAUCACGAGCGGCUACGAAAAGGACGUGACCAUCACACUGCGGCCCAAGCAGGACGUCACAGAGGUGGUGAAGGAUCGUAAUGAUAACAUGUUUUUGGUCAGGAGUAAGUCGAGGGGUAGGGAGAGGAGCUCCUCCAGGCGGAGGAGCUGGAUCUUUACUUGA